UUCUCAGCCAGCAAGCAACUGAACUAACUCUUGUUUAUUAACCUCGCUCUUCACUCUUACUCAUUCAACAUCUACUUGUAAUCCUUAUCACUUCCCUUUCAAUUCUCAACAGAAUCUGCAUCUUCUUUUAUUUCCCCAUUCUCUUCUGAAUCUGAAGUUUCAACGAAAGUCUCAUCUAGCCACAGUUGCUAAAAGCUUCUCUUUUAGCACGAGUCAGUUCAGUGUUGUUGUUGUUGUUGUUUUUCAUCAACACCACGAAAAGCUUUUUAUUUUCUCUUUAUUCCUCAUUUCCUUUCCACCUCUUCACAUUUUAAUACUAUUUAUGGCGUAAUUACUACCUUCCCUUUUCGUUUUCACCCCUUUUAAUGCCUUUUUUGGCAGAUUUUUUUCAUUCUUCUCGCUCACGUUUCAUCUUUAGUGUCUAUUAAAACACACACACGGUUUCUGUUUGACACAGUGGAGAAAAUGGAACAACAACAACAACAAAACAACAUGCUCUGUAAAUACACAGAGCACCGAAACGUGACGAAGAAAAUCAUCACAAAGCCAAAGAAACAGAGCUUCAACGGUUUCGUUCCCACCGAGCCGAGAGUGGUUCGUGUGUCAGUUACAGAUGCAGACGCCACCGACUCUUCCAGCGACGAAGAAGGACAGUCACGGUGUUCCCGGAGGCAGAGGGUGAAGCGCUAUAUCAACAUGAUUGAGAUUGAACCUUCCUGCAAAACUGUCACCGCCGCCACGAAGAAGAGAAAGAGAGUUGCCGGAGAAACUGUUCCUUGUCGGCGGCCGGUGAAGGUUCUUCCGGCCAACGGAGGGAAAAAGUUUCGCGGCGUGCGGCAGAGGCCGUGGGGGAAAUGGGCGGCGGAGAUUCGAGAUCCGAAUAGCCGUGUCCGCGUCUGGCUGGGGACGUUCAACACCGCCGAGGAGGCUGCCAUGCAGUACGACACCGCCGCCAUCAGGCUCCGCGGUCCUGAUGCUCUUACAAACUUCGUCACUCCUCCGGCGAGGGUGGAAGCGGAGGCGGAGGAAGCGGCGGCGGCAGUUAGAGCGGAGAAAACUGGAUUGAAUGUCGUCGUUGUCAAGCAGGACGACGCCUCUGGCUCCGGCUCCGGCAGCGAUUCCGGCGACGAGAGCCGCCACGUGUCCUCGCCGACUUCGGUUCUCCGGUUCAGGAGGGAAGCAGAAACAUUUGAACCGGAGAAACCGGUCGAACCGGAAGAGAUGCGUGCUGAUGCUGAACCGACUGAACUGGUUGAACCAGGUGAGUGCGGUUUGUUUAACGAUAUGCCGGCGUGGGAUGAGGUGUUCCGUUUUCCAUCAACGCCAGAAUACGCCGUUAUGUUUGAUGAGCCUGCGCCGCACUUGGUUGACGAAACGACACCGUUUUUCUUAACUGAAGGUUUUAAUGUUGACAAAACGCACUCUCCAUCAAUGUCAUUGUGCCAGGUGGAGGAUUUCUUCCAAGACAUUUUGUUAAGCUCGGAUCCUCUUGUGUUGCUGUGAAAGUGAGUGAGUCACUCACUCAUAAUUUCUCAGGGUGCUUAAAAUCUAAAAAAAAAAAAAAAAGUCUAUAUUUUAUCUAUAUUAGUUUUUGAAAUUUCCUUUAGGUUAGGUGGGGUUUGGAAGAAACUUUGUUUUUUGUUUUUAGGAUUUUAUUUAUAUUUAUAUUUCAGUUGCUUAAUAAUUAGGGGUUUGCUGAGAAUGUAAUAUGUUAUCUCAAUAUCAAUCCAAGUGUAUUAACUAUU